AUGGCGUCUAACACAGCUCGACCUCUUGAAGGCAAAAUCGCCGUUGUCACCGGCGCCUUCCGAGGCAUCGGAUCUGCCAUUACACAGCAUCUUGCAGGCAAAGGCGCCAAUAUCCUGGGCGUGUACACGUCCGACUCCUCCACCAAAGCCGCCCAAGAAUUGACCGCCUCGCUCUCUUCAAAGCACGGCGUCAAGAUCGUCCCUCUUCAAACGGACCUGAUCCAGCCCGAGGAAGCAGGCAAGCGAAUCGUCGAGACGGCCAAAGCCAACUUCGCCCGAGCCGAUGGCACUCUGGUCAUCGAUAUCCUCAUCAACAACGCUGGCGUCGGCGGUGACUAUGCCCUGGGCGAGGUUCCAGCAGACGAGUUCCACCGCAUUUACGCCGUCAAUGUCUUGGCCCCCAUCAUGGUCACGCAGGCAGUCCUGCCGUACCUGCCACACUACCGCUCGGGCCGCAUCGUUAACAUCUCUUCCGUUGCUUCAAGCAUGGGCUUCAAGACGCACACCCUGUACGGCGGAACGAAGGCUGCGUUGGAGGCCAUGACGAGGACAUGGGCGAGAGAACUUGUGGAGCGGGCUACCGUUAACGCUGUGAACCCCGGUCCCGUCGAGGGCGACAUGUACUGGGCGGCGGGAGAGGAGUUCUGGAAGCAGUUGGAGCUGUUUCAACUGGCCGCUCCUUUGACGGCUGUUCGUGAUGGGGUCGAUCGGCCGGAGUUGGUGAAGUUGGCCAAUGAGAAGAUGGCUGGGAGACGCCCGGCUUACUGGACCGAGGUUUCCGCCGUUGUUGGUAUGAUUUGCGGUCAGGACUCGUCUUGGUGCACUGGAAGUGUCGUCUGCGCCAAUGGAGGACUGAGAUUCUCUACUUAG